UCCGGAUCUAGCGGUUUGUCAUUUGGAGUAGAACAGAACGGAAAUAAAAACAAAUAAUAUUGAAAACAUGGUGAGUAGAGGCAAAGAAUUGUCCAAAAUUUCAGAACUCAUCAUGAAGAGCAUCUUAAUUGAAGAUGGAAAUCCUGCUCGAUAUCGUCUGCAAACAACAACAGAUAAUCUGAAUCAAUCUGAGUCAUACAGAAAAAUCAUCAUUGGUAAAAGAGACCCAGAGAAAGCUCAUAAAAUCAUUCUGAUGGUGGGAGAAACAGGCACUGGAAAAACAACCCUCAUCAACACUAUGAUCAACUACACGUGUGGUGUUCAGAGAGAAGACAAGAUCUGGAUUGAGAUCACAGAUGAUCAGAGUGACAGAACAUCAGCUCACAGUCAGACCUCCAUCAUCACUGUCUAUGGUGUUUAUAUACCAGAGAGUUCAAUCGACCUAACAAUCAUUGACUCACCACCAUAUGGAGACACUCGAGAAACUGAGUGUGAUAAUGAGAUCGGCAGGAGUUUCCUGCUUUUAUGUAAAUCUGAUAAUUUGGUCCAGCAAAUCGAUGCUGUUUGUCUUGUGAUUAAAGCAGAUCAAACUCGACUCACUGACAGACAACAGUACAUAUUUGAUGCUGUUCAGUCUUUAUUUGGUAAAGAUAUUAAAGAAAACAUUGUGUUACUCUUCACACACUCAAAUGGGCUUCCUCCUAACAAAGCUCUGAUAGCCGUCAAAGAAGCUAAAGUCAAGUGUGCUGUAAAUGAGAAGAACCAGCCCAUCUAUUUUCUGUUUGACAACUGUCAGUCAGAGACUCUUGAAGAAGAAUAUCAAACAACCCAGAAACAAUCAUGGGAUCUCAGUUAUAAAGGACUGGCACAGUUUUUUAAGUUUCUUGACAAAAUCAAUACAAAAACCUUAAAAAAUGCUCAAUACGCUUUGGAAAAAUCAAAUCAGUUGGAGGCAAACAUCUCUAAUCUUCAAUCACGUGUUCAAGAGAUAGAACUGAAACAAAAUGAGCUGAAGCAGACUGAAGAAGCUCUGGAGAAACACAAGCAAGAUGUUGAAGAAAAGGAUAACUUUGAGUACACAGUUCAAGUGCCCUACAAUGUAAAGGUUGAUAUUGAUCCUGCUGUAGCUAAAAAGGCAUUGUUGUGCACCGUCUGUGAGGAGAACUGUCACUAUCCAGGAUGCUGGUGGGUUACAAAUCUCGCCUGGUGUGAAGUGAUGAGAAAAAAUCACUGCACAGUGUGUACAAAUAAAUGCCACUACAGCAAACAUGUCAAAGAAGGUAAAAUAUAUGCAGUAAAGUCUAGAGAAGAGAAGAUGACCCAUGAAGAUUUAAAGAAGAAAUAUGAAAACAAAAUGAGUGAUUAUGAGUCUUUGGUCAACAAGCUGAAGGAUGAAGUACAUGAAUUAGAGAAAGACAAAUUAAAGCUGCUGAUUGAAGCUUAUCACAGUGUGGAGUCUCUGGAGAAGAUCGCUCUGAACACUGGUUCUCUGUUCAUACUUCAGCACAUUGACUUUCUCAUUGAGACGUUGAAAGAAAUGAAUGAGCCUGAAAAAGCUGAACAUCUUGAAAACAUCAAGACAAGGGCAGGAGGUACUGGAGCGCUGGCAUAAAUAACAAGAGAUAGAGAACAGUGCAAUUUUGACAAACCCUUUGUAAGAUUUUGUUUUAUCGAGCUCUUCUUACAAUGGGACCGCCUGCUGAACUAAAUUAACUUCUCUUCAUUCUGAAGUUUUUAAAGCCACAACAGUCAUGUGAAAUGUCAUCCCUCUGGAGCUGCUGGAAAUUAUGUCAUUCUGACUGCUGCCAUGAGAAAACAAAUAUAAUUCCUGGAGCUCAGUGGUCAGAGGAUAUUGCCAGCAACACCAAGAUCAUGGGUUCAUUCCCAGGGAUUGCACCUACUCAGAAUUUUUUUUACAGCGUAAUGCAAUGUAAGAUGCAUUGAUUUAAGCAUCUGCCAAAUGCAUAAAUGUAAAUAUCACACCCUCUUCACUAUAGUUCAUCCUGAACUAGAUCUCAAAGACAGGGACUAAUCCCAUUUCAUGUUCUUAAGAACUCUUCAAAACAACAACAUUACACUGUAAUGGCAUAUAGGUGACGUCGCUUACGAAAAAUAAUCACUCUGGCGUGUAAUGCAUCUUGAAAAAGAAGCUUAGUUAGUCUACUGUUUCCCCAAAUCACAGCACAGAUGAUGUAGUUAUAGGAUAUGCAAGCUUCAGUUGAGCGCAAGUUCUGCCGGGAAGACUCGACCUUGACCAUUCACUACCAAUCGUCAUCUAUCCAAUCACCAUCUAACAUGGAAUAUAUAAAACAUUGCCACCUACCCUCAUUUUGCGUCCUUAGUCGAAGCGGCAGAGAUUAACCCCCAUCCUCCCCACCACCACAAUGAGGUCCCUGUCCAUUUAACCCCAGGGGGGUUGGCAAGACCCCCGCCUUAACCUCCAGGCGGGAAGUGUAGGAAUGCUUGGCCUUCUGGAUGCGAGCCACGGACAGGGCCUACACCAAAGAACUAUACAUUCACCAUACUCAUAUACUGUCACCUAUCAGUUGUAUAAUAAAUGUUCAUUGCCAAGCAUUUUGCCUCCUGAGUCUUUCUGGUAGAACUAACAGCAGAGAUCAUCAGAGUCACAGACUAAAUUAGAUAUUGAUUCAAACAUUCAGACAUGUGACCGACUUCUGAACUGGUACAUAUCAAUUUAUGUGGCUUUUUAAAAAUGGAAUUGUUUUGUUUUGUUGAUGUGCAAAGAGUUCCAAAGACAUUUGACUGCAUCUUUUGACUGAACCCUCUUUAUAUGCCUAAAGCAUAAGAAUGAC